UCUUCAGCCGCAACCCCUGUCCUGGCCGCUGUCUGAUUUCUGUCGUAUUCAACCAUCUUCGGCAGUAGGAACCAACCAAGUAGCUUCCUUCUGUAAGCUUUAUAAAUAGCAAAACCCUCAAUCCUAUCAAGCCCAAGUGCCCUUCAAAAUCUCUCUCUCUCUCUCUCUCCCUCAGCAUCGAUGGGAGGACAAUUCAGUAUGAGAAAAGGGGAGGCUCCACCUGUCCUUCAGCUCGAUACCAAUUUGCAGUACACAGCAGAGCUUAGCUCAAAUGAAGCAGCAUUCACGCUCGACCCAAAUUUGCAGUCUUUUGAUUGCAACCCACAACUCGGCCCCAACCGUUUCAUUGACACAAUCGCCUCUGGGGUCGAGCUUCGAGCUCUGUGCUUUGAGUCUCUGAAAGAAGUUAGUGGAAGCUUGGAUGAGGUGAACCAUCAAAUCAUCCAAGCCAUCUUAGAUUGUAAGAAAAGUAAAUGGAAAAACCAGCAACUCUUGGAGAUUGUGAAUGAUUACUUCCAGAACAGUCGCCAAACUUUAGGUUUCUGUACGGCCUUGAAGAAAUGCCUACUGAAAGCCUGUGAGAACCAGUCAUUGAUCCUUCAUGUUGCAUUGCCACAAUUUGAAAAGCAACUAAAGAAUUUCAAGGCUGCUGGGAACCCAUUCACGGAGGACUUUUUCCAGGAAUUCGCAACCGUUCAAAAGCAUCAGGUGUCGAUGUUCAAGAAGCUGCAACUCCGAAAGAACACAAUAGAUAAGAAGCUAGAAUAUGUAAAGUCAUGGGGGAAGAUUUCAAACAUCAUAUUUGCUGCAACUUUUGCUGCUGCACUUACUUGCUCAGUGGUGGCGGCGUCAAUGCCAGCUUCUCAUAUUGUUGCUGCAGUUGCAGCGGCUACUUCAAUUCCUGUAGGAUCAAUCGGUACAUGGUUUAAUUCACUUUUGACAGGCUAUGAGAAUGAGCUGCAAGGACAGAUGGAAUUGAUUAUCUCAAUGCAGGCUUGCACUUCUGUUGCAAUCAAGGACUUGUAUACUAUUUGGGUUCCGGUUAACUGUUUGGCAAUAGAAAUUCAAACUCUGAUGCAGAAUGCUGAUUCUGCGCAUAGGGAAGGGGAGGCACUGAAGAUUUUAGUAAAGGAUAUCAAGAAGAAGUUGGAGGUUUUUAUGAAAAACAUAGAGGAUUUGAUCGAACAAACUGAUAGAUGCAGCCAGGGGAUUCAAUGGGCGAGGACAGUUGUUCUCGAGAGGGAUCGACCUUCAACUAAGGUUCAUGCAGCCCCAGGUAAUAAACUCAGGGAGUAAAUAGCGCCUUGGAAUGUACAUUUGACAACUACAUCAAUGACAGUGAGAGUUGACAGCAACUUGUCCAGAAUAUGAUAACAGAUUUCAGUUGGGACUUGUCAGCCUCACAAUAUGAUUUGUUAUGGAAUAUACCUAAUGCUAAAGAGAGAAGUGUUCUGGAGUUUGUGGUUUCAAUUGUAUAUAGACACAAUUGGGUCGAUUUUAUCCUCACCUUCCCAUUUCCAUAUAUUCUACAGUCAAGUCAUGUAAUUCUUUGUUGAUAGCUGAAUAGACUCAAUUGUAUAAACGCAAAUCUUGUUCUUCUAUGUGAGUGCAAAGAGAUCAAUGGUUGAAGUCCUAAA